GUUCAUUGGUUUGAGGAAACUGAUUACAAUCACGUCGAACAGAUUGUGUCAAAUUUUUACUAUAAAAGAAGGAGGAUCAAAUGCUCAAGGUUCUUGUAGAGUCAUCUGCAUCAAUGAAAGGGUCGCUGUGUUUAGUUGACUUCAAGUAAUGCAGAUUACACGUUGAUAUUUGGAUAAUGAAAGACCAAAGGAAUCAAAUUUGGGUCAAGGAGUACAACUUUGAUAUGUUCACCAAAUCUAUUAGAAAUCUGCAUUACCUUCCUUCUGGGGAUGGUCGUGAUGAGGAAAUACUGAUUGGGCAACAGAAAGAAGGACUUCUCCUCCUCUACAACAUUAAGACAAGGAGCAUCAGAAAAUGGUAAAGUUAGUCAAUGAAAAUGUUGACAUCGAAUUUGAUAUGGGUAGAAAACUUUUGUCACAUGCCUACUUUGAGAGCUUAUAUUUCCUGGGAGCUAGAUAAGUUUCUUUUCCUUGGACCUUCCAUGUUUGAAAAUAUUGAUGUUAAAAUGCCCAUUUGAUGAUGAAAAAGAG